AUGGAUUGGGCUCUGGACUCCCGAUAUCGACACAAAGAGCCGCCUCACAGAGUCUUCACAGAAACCUCUAGCCUAGAACUACUUCCGGGCCCCGACUGCGCCUGCGCGUCGCGCCGCCUACUGCGUAAUACCAGGCGCCGACCCGGGCUAGAGCAGCCGUCAUCGGCUCCGAUUCCUGGAGGCCUCACGGCUAGAGCGGCCCGUCCAGCUCGCCUGCUCCCGGCUAGAGCGUCGCUUCCGCGUAGAGCCGCGUGUGACCUUCCCGCCUGCGGAGCUAUGCUGCCGGCGGCGGCGGCGGGGGCGGCGAGCCGCCUGUGGGGGCCGCGGCUGGGGCUGCGGGGAGCAGCGCUCCGCAUAGCCAGGCAACAGGUCCCCGGUGUCUGUGCAGCAGCGCGGCAGCUGAGGAGCAGCUGCCAGCGAAGGAGUGAAGCACUCGCCGGUGCCCCUCUGGAUAAUGCUCCCAAGGAGUAUCCCCCCAAGAUCCAGCAGCUGGUCCAGGACAUUGCCAGCCUUACGCUCCUUGAGAUUUCAGACCUCAACGAACUCCUGAAGAAAACUCUGAAGAUCCAGGAUGUCGGCCUUAUGCCAAUGGGUGCCAUGGUGCCUGGUGCAGUCCCUGCCCCAGCAGCAGCAGCCCCCCCUGAGGUGGCUGAGGGAGACGACUUCCCCAAACAGAAAGAGCGGACACACUUCACCGUCCGCCUAACGGAAGCAAAGCCUGUGGACAAGGUGAAACUGAUCAAGGAGAUCAAGAACUAUGUCCAGGGCAUAAACCUUGUGCAGGCCAAGAAGCUAGUGGAGUCCCUGCCCCAGGAAAUCAAAGCAAACGUCGCCAAAGCUGAGGCGGAAAAGAUCAAGGCCGCGUUGGAAGCAGUGGGUGGCACUGUGGUUCUGGAGUGACACUCCUGUUCUGCGGACUUUUGGACUGGGGUCCCUGGGACCUGGGCAAAGGCCUGCUCACCCCUGCUUCACUCCCAGGUGGCGUGUUGGGGGCAAGACCUACUGACGCUGGUGGCCGAAUUCUCCUGGGAGAGGGGCAGGAUGGACCUACUGUGAUGGGCAGGGGCGGUUGCAGUUACAGCCCGUGCAGGUGUUAUAAAGUGAACACGCCCCUGGUGGCUACUGAGAAAGUUCGCUGUUGAGGCUGGGUGUGUGCAGCG